UCAGCAUCAGAUUAGAAAGACCUUAAAACUGAAACCUCGGAACUCUCUGAACAACAACAAAAAAAAACAUCAUCAAUGGCAGCUGCGACCGUGAACGAGCAUCUUCCCACACCUUUGGAUGCCACUUCUGAACCACCUCCUCUCUUUGAUGGAACUACAAGGUUGUACAUCAAUUAUGCAUGCCCAUUUGCACAGCGUGUGUGGAUCACCAGGAACUACAAGGGAUUACAUGACAAGAUUAAAUUAGUUCCAAUUAACCUUCAAAACAGACCCGCUUGGUACAAAGAGAAAGUCCACCAUGAAAACAAGGUACCCGCAUUGGAACACAAUGGCAAAAUCAUUGGGGAGAGCCUUGAUUUGAUUAAAUAUGUAGACAGCAACUUUGAAGGGCCUUCUCUUCUCCCCGAUGAUCCUGCAAAAAAAGAGUUUGCUGAAGAAUUAAUAGCCUACACUGAUACCUUCAACAAGACAGUGUACACAUCAUUCAAAGGAGACACAGUUAAAGAAGCUGGUCCUGCUUUUGACCAUCUGGAGAAUGUUCUUCACAAAUUUGAUGAUGGGCCUUUCUUGCUUGGUCAAUUCAGUUUUGUGGACAUAGCUUACAUCCCGUUUGUUGAAAGAUUCCAAGUCUUCUUUUCAGCCGUGUGGAAUUAUGAUAUCACCACAGGAAGGCCUAAACUUACUAGGUGGAUCGAGGAGUUAAACAAGAUUGAUGCUUAUAAGCCAACAAAGGUGGAUGCCAAAGUGGUUAUUGAAUCAUAUAAGGCCCGCUUUCAGGCUCAGCAGUGAACAUUUCACAGUUCCUUUGGACAAGUGGUGGUCUGCUUUUAUGUAAUAUUUCUUGGUAUAUCAAAGAUGUCAGACAUGGGCAGCGAGUGGUCAGCAUGUAUGAAUUGCAUAAAUAAAUAGAACUAUG